AUGGCCGAGAACCAGCAAGGUGACCUCUAUUAUCAGGCCUUAGUGGCCAAUAGAUGGGUUGAAGAAGAGCCAGAAAUGGUUCAAGAAGAGAAUGCAGAAGCGAGACCCAAAGAAUAUAUGGUAAUGGACUAUGAGAAUGGUGAAUCUGAGGAAGAGUCAUAUAAAGGAGAAGACAUGAAGGAAACCCCUAGUGAACCCCACCAUUCGAAAACCCCACCAGACCAGCACACAGUGCAGGAAAGCGCUACUGAAUGUAUACGCUCUCUCAAAAAAAUAAGUAGCCAACCUCAAGCAACAACUCUUUGCGAAUCUAGGGCCAUUCGAGUAAGAUAG